UUUGUCACGACAAAACUAUCAAAUCAAUGCACUCGAGCCUCUCGAAUCCCUCCAAAGUCCAUACCCACUUUCCCCUUCUCAGAUCUUCCACACCGCUCUAAAGGGUCUUCUCUCAUUCACUCUCUGAAGAACAAGGAAGGCAACAAUGGCGGAUUGGGGCCCGGUGAUCGUAGCGGUGGUGCUGUUUGUGCUGUUGACUCCAGGGCUUUUGUUUCAGAUACCGGGAAGGGGGAGAGUGGUGGAGUUUGGGAACAUGCAGACCAGUGGUGCCUCCAUUGUCGUACAUGCGAUCAUUUACUUUGGGCUUCUUACCAUUUUCCUUAUCGCCAUCGGUGUUCAUAUCUGAUUGCCGGAUGAAGUGAGUCAGUCUGCUUUGGCAGUUAAGAACUAGGUGCUCUCGAUCGAUCUCAUAUCCAAUUUUCUUGUUUAAUUUGUCUAUUGGUAGUUUGUUUAAAUGUAUUGCUGUUGCUCCUAAAUCAUGAAGGCUUGAAAGAUUGAUUGUUUUUGGUGCAAUUUAAACUUACAAACAACUGGGGUUGGAUCUGAAUGGUUGGUUAAGUAGUUCGGUGGAAUUUGUUUUA